AAGUUAAAUCCCUGUCAAUAUGUUAGUUAGCUGUCGACUGUCACUGUCAAAUGGUUUCUUUUGGUUGGUUUGGUUUUUCUUGUUAAAAAUUGUUUGUCUUUGAGAAGAACUAUAUAAUUUCGUUUAUUUUAUUUAUAAUUGAAGCUUUAAAUAUUCCUUACAUAUUUUAUGUAUGUACCUAUUUAAAGUGUAAAAUGUAAAAACAGCGCAAACAUAUGUUCGGUACUUCAUGCCUUUCCGUAACAGCAGUACCUAAUUUAGAUGUUUCUUUGAGAAAAAGGCAUCUUCCAGUGCCACGAUGAAGAUAAACGAGAAGAAUUUGUCAGCAUUCGCGUCUUCCGCAACACCAGUAGACCGGGACGGCUGGCUGGAUAUGAGGGCUGAAGUCGGGAAGAGCUACCAUAAGCGCUGGUGCACUUUGAAAGGGAACCUCCUCUUUUAUUUUGAUAAAAAUGGUGAUAAAGAACCAGUGGGUGUCAUCAUAUUGGAGGGAUGCACUAUAGAGUUAACAGAAGAAGAGACUUACAGUUUCAAAAUAGUGUUUCAAUGUGAGGGCGGGCGCACCUACUUCUUCUGCACCAACUCCCAGUCCUCCAUGGAGGCUUGGAUGAAGGCGCUAGCUUGUGCCAGCUACGACUACAUGAAGCUUAUGGUUGCGGAGCUACAAAGACAGCUUGACGAAGCACAAGCUGAGGCAGCGGCCGAGGAAGCAGCGUUGGUGACCAUAACCCCACCUGAGGAGGAGCCAAAGGUCCCUCCGCGAGGUCAGCGGUACAACCCAUUCAAUAAAGCCCCAGAUACAGAGGUCAAAGUUGUACAAGGCAGUCGGCAUCACAAAGAGAACCUCAGGCCCGAAGUGGUUCGCAAAAAGGUGCCUUUCCGGGACAUCCACACGACAUACGGUAGGAAGAUCCUGCAGGAUCGGAACGAGUGGCGCGCCAAAAUGAGACAGCGCGCCGAAUCUGACUCCCUCAUACAGCUGUGAGAGUUUCAUACAUCACACACACAGAUGUAGGCAACCUUCUUGGUAUACGCCAUAGCAGCGGUUGCCAUGAUUUUGUUUAUGAGAGAGAUGUCAAAAAUAAUUUCAUGGCAACCAUCGGGGUCACCAGUUGUAGGAAGUAUAGUUAUAAAAGUAAUUUAUUCCUACAGAAGAUAGAAGGAGAAAAGAGGAGAAAAUAAUCAGUUUAAAAUGUCUAUAUUAUUCAACGUAUAAAUUAAGAACAUCUAACAACCAAAUUUAUUUUUGACAACUCUCUCAUAAACAAAAUCAUGGCAACCGUUGCUAUAGCGUAUACCAAGAAGGUUGCCUACACACACAUAUAUAGCGAGAACACACUGCCAGAGAUACAUACAGACACAUAGACGUGUUCUGGAAGAAAUUAAGCGAUAUUCACACUAUUAAUCUAAAGGAUUAUCUACUAGUCGAAUACCAAGUAAUUGAUAGACUUAUCGCUCAUGUUGAUAGAGCUGGUAACACCCCAACAUAUUCCUGGAGAGUCUAUUGUUGACGAGAAAUAUGCCUUAUCUUCGCUUACUUUCUAUCUUUUUUGUUGACUUCGAGAGUUAUAAAUAGUGGUAAAUCUAGUUUCAUAUUUAAAGAAAUAGUAAAUCAUGAACUCGCUUAGCUUUAUAAAAUGUAAAACUUAUAAAAUACUAGUUUUUGAGAUAUAUUUAAUCAAGAUAUAGAUAUAGAGUACCCGAAACUGCCGAGUUGGCAUGAAGUGACUUAUUCUAGACUUAUUGAAGCAAAGGAAGUAAACACAGAUAUAAUUAAGAUAGUGCACAAAGUCUUAGAAUGUUUGGAGACCGUGCGCUCGCGCUUUUAGCGAGACGGCUUGCUGAAAGCUGAGGCGCUCGUGACUCGUUUGAAUAAGUAUCUAUAUGAAAAAAUUAAAAAUAUUUUAUUUGAAAACAAGAACUAGUACAAUUUAAAUUACAUAGGAUAACGAUGAUAUCUGCAGAAGUUAUGAAAUUAUGUCGCAGAUGUCAACGCCAACCUCCAGAAAACAUUUCUAUAAUGUGUUUCUGGUGUCCUCUUUUCUUCAAUAUACAUACAUAUAAUCACGUCUAUAUACCUUGCGGGGUAGACAGAGCCCACAGUCUUGAAAAGACUGAUAGGCCACGUUCAGCUGUUUCACUUAAUGGUAGAUUUUCUUCAAUAUACUCUGUAAAUAUAAGUUUUUUUUGGAAUGACACACAGUCAUAAGGUUUGUAUUUUUCGUGUAUUGCAUCAAACAUCUCAAUUUGCUUUUGAAUUUCAAGAUAAUCUAAUUCAGUAUUAUCGAAGCAAAUCAUAUGACAAUAUUGACUUUGUUGUUAUAUAAUAUUUAUUCAUCAUUUUCAUGUGAGACGUUUAUGGUUAUAUUUGUAAAUUAUCUAUUUAUAUCUUGCCCAUGUUGUAGUCACUUGUUCAAAAUUGUAUGUAAAUUAGUUGGUUGUUAAGACCUUGUUUAGAAUAAUAGCUGUACUUCUUUGAUACGUAUCGCCAGGAGCUCGAUUCUCUCUUUGUAUCUGUUAAAUCUUAGUCUCUAGUGGUAGUAAUUUAGCACCCACCGGUGGUAUGUACGGUGUUAAGGAUGUGUUGAGAAAUACCGGCAUUACGAAGACAGCCAAUCAGUUUCCUAACGACAUUCACCAAAAGUUGUGGUAGUAAAUUGUAACAAGGAUGUAAAUAAAACAAAAAUGUUGUAUUAAGUGAGUUUAUUUUUAAAUCUCUUUGUUAUAUAAACCAACACUUUACAACGUCAACUCAAGACAUAGUAUAACAUAAGUUAGUUUGGCGACGCGACGUGUUGCCGCGGGCGAGCGACGUUUGGCAUCGACACGGAACUAGAACAUUGAGCAGGCUCGCGACGCGACACGACGCGACGCGAUGCGACUCUGGCGCGCGCGACUUCCCCGCCGCGUCGCCACUACAGUGAACUAUACACAACAAAGUGAGAAUAUAGCACGAGUGAGUGGAAGACAGAAUUCAAAUGCCCGGAGGUUAUGGUAACACACGAGGGAGUGCUGGGAGACAAAACGGAAAAUGUUCAAACUUCAACGUCCUAACUAAAGGGUUAAUGAAAACAAUAUGCCUCUACAUAACAGUAAACACUCCGCUGACGGGCCGCCUUUCAUGCGAUACGCAAUUACUUUGUUCGGCGCGGUAUCCGAUGAAACGCAAACGCGUGUAACAAAGACGGAGUUAUAUCAAAAAUCGUCCAAACGGCCGUAGUUUACGCGCAUUAUAUAAUAAAAUUUCUCAUAUCGAUAUUUCUAAGCUAUGUAUAAAUCUACAAAAAAAAAGUUAAACAAGGGUUACUUUUGAGCGCAGAGACGUGGCGGCGCGUAAUAAUACUU